AUGUCCCUGUCCUCUAUGCCGUCUCUGACCACCAACAGACGAGCCACGAGCGUGUACGGGGGCUCAGGAGGGUCAAACGUGAGGAUUUCGUACGCGACCAGAGGCCUCGGCUCCGGGUUUGACUUGUCCUCAGCGCUGCAAGCGGGAGGCGGCAGGGGGUCUGCGGGCACAGACGACCAUGUGAUGGGCAGUGAGAAGCACACCAUGCAGAACCUCAACGACCGCCUGGCCACGUACCUGGAGAAGGUGCGCUCUCUGGAGGCCGCCAACGCCAAACUGGAGAAGCAGAUCCUCGAGUGGUACCAGGAGAAGACCCCCGCGGUGCGCGACUACAGCAAGUUUGAGCCCAUCAUCGAAGACCUGCGCAGGAAGAUCUUGAUGGCCACACAGGACAAUGCCAGGCUCAUGCUGCAGCUUGACAAUGCCAGACUGGCUGCGGAAGACUUCAGAGUCAAGUUUGAGAAUGAGAUGGCUCUUCGUCAGUCGGUGGAAGGGGACAUCAGCGGUCUACGUAAAGUCCUGGACGAGAUCACCAUGGCCCGGUCCGACCUGGAGAUGCAGGUGGAGGGUCUGAAAGAGGAGCUGGUUUAUCUCAAGAAGAACCAUGAGGAGGAAAUGGCGGCGAUGCGCGGACAGGUGACGGGCAGCUCCGUGAACGUGGAGGUGGACGCACAGCCGCAGGUGGACCUCAGCCGUAUCAUGGACGAGAUCCGGGCCCAGUACGAGGGCAUCGCCGAGAAGAACCGGCGGGAGAUGGAAGAGUGGUACAAAGUCAAGUUUGACAACUUGAACAAGCAGGUGGCGAGCAGCUCCGAGUCGCUCCAAACAUCCCGCAGUGAAAUCAAUGACCUCAAGAGGACGCUGCAGAGCCUCCAGAUCGAGCUGCAGUCUCAACUCAGCCUGAAAAGUGCAUUGGAGGAGCAGUUGGCGGAAACGGAGUCGCGCUACAGCCUGCAGCUCAGUCAGCUCCAGGCCAUGGUGGAUUCUCUGGAGAACGAGCUGGGCAGGGUGAGGGCCGACAUCGAGAGGCAGCGCAUGGAGUACCAGAUGCUCCUGGACAUCAAGACCCGGCUGGAGAUGGAGAUCGCAGAGUACAGACGGCUGCUGGACGGAGAGGACGUGACAAUUGUGAAAACUGAACCAGUAAAAACUCAAAGAACCAGAAUUGUGAUUGAAGAGAUCAUUGAUGGAAAAGUAGUCUCACGCUCAGAAGACGUCAAGUCAUCUCUAGAGGAGCCCGGUGGGUGCCAGCAGCUGUGGGUGAAGCCCCGGAGCCUGGAGCUGCAUGUCAACGAGCUGCUGAAAGGGGAGAGAGAGGAAGCCGAAGCAGCGGGCUCCGCCUAUCGCUUCCCGCCCCACAUCCAUCCACACAGUCCGAAUACGACGCGCAGGGAAGACAGGCGACUGAACACGGGCCCUUCACCUCCAAUCCCCAAGCAUGGAGACCCCCUGAUCGAACCCGGCCGUGGAGGGGAGAGGAGGGAGCGCGGGGGGUGGGGGGGACCGCAGGAAACUCAACAAGCACAACCGCGAGUGCCUCUGCUCCACCGAGAUGUCGUGAGGUGUGGCUGCCAACGCUCCCGGAUCAGCUGA